AUGGCAUGGAGAGCAGCAGUGUCCAAGUACAGAAACAGUACAGUCACGCCAGCUUCCAAAGAAAACUGGUAUCAAUUUCAAACAUCGUCGGUAUUCACGUCCACUGACUAUGUGCCGAUAUGUUCAAGUAAAACGCUGAUUGCGACCAAACUACAAGCCGGAGGAGGAUCUUCAGUCGCUAUUAUUCCACUAAGCUCUACUGGCCGUUUGGCUUCCACUCCAACUCUAAGUCUCAGUAGUGUGGUUAUCGACCUGGAUUUUUCGCCAUUCAAUCACGGCUUGCUCGCUGUUGGCCACGAUGACGGAUCUGUUCGCGUCUUCCAGCUACCACCUGAAGGCAUUAGUGACAAUACUUCCUCAUCAACAACAUCACUACCACCGUCACAGAAGAGGGUUGAUGUGGUUCGUUUUCAUCCAACUGCUUCAGACGUACUCUCCAGUGCAUCGAAUUCUGAAAUCUCGCUUUGGAAUUUGGAAUCUACAACAAAGCGAAUAACGUUUGACAAUGACGGUGCUCUAGUCAACUCGUUAUCAUGGAAGGAUGAUGGUUCCCUGUUUGUUACAACAGCCAAGGAUAAUAUUGUUAGAGUCUAUGAUCCACGUGCUGGUGCAAAGAUCGUCGCUUCUUGUAAAAUUCACGACGGAGUCAAGCCCGGAAGGGCAGUAUGGUUGGGAUCGUCAGAUCAGAUUGCUAGUACUGGAUUUAGUAGGUUUAGGGAUAGAGAAUAUGGGCUUUAUGAUAUAAGAAAACCGGAAAAGGCUGCCACAGUUGUGAAAAUGGACCAAGGUACAGGUCCUUUGAUCCCACUUUACGAUGUGGACACGAGCAUAUUGGUCAUCGUUGGAAAAGGCGACACACGUAUCAAUUGGAUGGAAACAAAGGACUCAGAUCCAUGGCUUAUGCCUCCAGGACAACCAACGAUCCUCCCAACACCAUAUGCAGCAGCUACGCUUAUUCCCAAGUACUCUUUGGACGUAUUGCAGUGUGAAGUUGCUAGACUUCUUCUCGCCACUAGUGAUGGUCUCAGUAUAGUGCCUGUCUCAUUCAAGGUACCGAGACGCUCAUACAUCGAUUUUGCUGGCGAUAUCUUUCCCUUGACCAAGUCAGAUAUCCCAGCACUCUCCUCAACUCAAUGGUUUGCUGGUGAGAACAAGGAAUGUACCAAAAUAUCUUUAGACCCUCGUAACGCUGUCUCCGCCACCGCCACAAGCCAACCCUAUAAAAGUCAACAAAGUGUCUCUACUUCCUCCACGUCGUCAGCUCCACCCACCGUGACAACCCUCUUCUCGAAGCAAAUGCCUUCAGAUACUGUGGCAUCCCCGAUAUCGUCUUCCCCUGUAGUAACGUCUCCCGUAAUCAGUAGUCCUUUAGCAUUGAACCCAGAUCUUGCGAGUCGUAUGACUAGAUCUGGCUCCGAAUCAUCUAUAAACUCAACAUCAAGUGGCCGAAAGGGCUUCAUUGCCAUGAAGACGAGCUCGUACAGGUUCUUGACAGGAAAGAGCGCAUUAAAGUUUGAAGACCUCAAAGGCUUGGCCACAAAUGUACCAUUUGAAGCAGAGAUGAUUGACGCGAAUGAAGACUUUAUCUGCUUUCCAAUGGCAGGAAAUGGCGGGAGACUAGCUGUCAUAGAUGCAACCAAACCGUGUAGAUUACCCAACAGAUUACCCUGCUUUGUUGGAGGUUCCGACCUCACCAGUUUCUCCUUCGACCCUUUUGAUUCAUCGAGAAUAGUAACGGGAUGUGAUGAUGGCAAGGUGAGAAUAUGGAAAGUACCAUCUGGUGGUUUACAAGGUGAAGAUGACGAAGCAACACCACAAUCUCGCUUCUCAGCACAUGAAAAUCGAGUCGUCCACCUUGUGUUUCACCCUGCUGCGAAGGAUGUAAUAUUGACAUCUUCACCAGAACGGGGAACUCCGGCAGUCAAGAUCUGGAAUCUUGUCACUGAAUCCGUAAUUAGUAGUUUAGCACACCCAGAUCAAAUCUUAGCAUGUUGUUGGAGUUGGGACGGUACGCAAAUCGCAACGUGCUGUCGUGAUAAGAAGAUUAGGAUAUUUGAUGCUCGUAGUGGAAAGCAGCUUCAAGAGGGUCCAUCGCAUGAUGGCAUUAAAGGUGCCCGAAUCGUCUUCCUCGGUGACUCUGGUCGUCUCGUAUCUUUAGGCUUUGGAAGAGGGUCUCAACGAGAGAUCAAUAUCUACUCGACAUCAUCCUUGUCUUCGCCAUUGUCGACGACCGUCGUUGACACCAGCCCAUCCUUAUUCGCUGUCCUAUAUAAUGAACCUGUGUUAUAUUUAGUAGGACGUGGCGAGACGUAUGUGACAAUGUUCGAGGUUGGGGAUUCAUGUACUUUCUUGACUCGAUAUGAUGCACCUGGCAUAUCCCAAGGUGUUGCAUAUCUUCCGCCAAGAACUGUUGAUGUGAAGGCAGUUGAAAUGGUUAAAGGGUUCCGCCUGACACAGACGGGUGUUGAAAGUAUUAGUUUCACGGUGCCACGUCUGAAAAAGGAAUACUUUCAAGAUGACUUAUACCCUCCAAUCCGAGAUACUACUACACCUUUGUUAUCAGCUGAACAAUGGGCUUCAGGUCAAAACUAUGAAUGGAAAUUUGUGUCUUUAGCUCCAUCAGACAUGACGCCACUGUCUCAAGCACCACCAGACGCCGUAAAGCCAGGGCAGAUCAAAGCGAAAAAUAUGGUCCGAGAAAUGACUGCCGCUGAGCAAAAGGCGGCGUCUAUGAAGGCCAUGUGGGAGCAAGCUCAAUUGGAAGCAAAAGACGACGUCUUGCCACAAGACAAAGCCCAAGGUGUUGCGGAUGAUGAGUGGGAUUGA